CGCUGAUGCUGAAGCUCAGAGGACACGGAGGGACACGAGCAUCACCGGGAACCGACUGAACAACAAUCGUGCCAAAUAUUCGGGCUUCGAUAGCAUGCGUCAGGACGGAUCCAUGCAGAUGGCGGCGACACAAAAAGAAGGUUCUGACCAGAACUUUGAUUACAUGUUUAAACUGCUGAUCAUCGGGAACAGCAGUGUAGGAAAGACAUCGUUUCUCUUCCGGUAUGCUGACGACUCCUUCACGUCAGCGUUUGUGAGUACAGUGGGCAUCGAUUUCAAAGUCAAAACUGUCUACAAGAAUGACAAGAGAAUCAAGCUGCAGAUCUGGGAUACCGCUGGGCAGGAGCGAUACAGAACCAUCACCACGGCAUACUAUCGAGGAGCCAUGGGCUUCAUCCUCAUGUAUGACAUCACUAACGAGGAGUCGUUCGGAGCUGUCCAGGACUGGUCAACCCAGAUAAAGACGUACUCCUGGGACAAUGCGCAGGUCGUCCUGGCAGGAAAUAAAUGUGACAUGGAGGAGGAGAGAGUUGUGUCCACAGAUAGCGGCAGACUGCUGGCAGAACAGAUGGGUUUUGAGUUUUUCGAGACGAGCGCCAAGGACAACAUCAACGUGAAGCAGACCUUUGAGCGUCUGGUGGACAUAAUCUGCAACAAGAUGUCGGAGAGCUUAGAGACUGACCCAGCUGUAACCACGGGUACCCAGGGAACGGCACGGUUAACGGAUAACCCUCCUCCACUACAGCAGCCGAACUGUGCCUGUUAGUGCUCAGUUUACAACAUGGUAGCAUCAGCGUGUGUGUGUGUGUGUGUGUGCGUGUGUGUAACUCCUUUAGAUAGAAGCAUAUAUCCUUUAAUGUCAUAGAAUGCAGGUGCUGGAACCACUUGAAUCCGAUGCAUGUCAUGAGUCAUGUGACCCUUUAGUAUCCCAACCCCACCCAAUGGGAAUAGAGCUGUUUAGGACAAUAAUCACAGAUCAAAUUGCAUUGUAAUUACGACUUCUAUACUCAGAUGUAGGAACUUCCCAGCGGUGUUAUUAUCAUUAACGAAAACUAAAAUGAAAACGAAUUAAAAGCAUUUUCAAGUUAACUGAAAUAAAAAUAAUAACUGAAAUAAUACUUUUUCAUAAAUCCAGAACUAAUAUCAAAUAAAAUGACUUCAAAUGUAUUUAGUUUUUGAUACACAGUAUAUAAAAUUUGAAACAUUUACAAUCCACCGUAAUUAAACAUGAAAAUGGCUGUAAAUAGAGGUAAAAGAAGACUGCUCUGAGAAAUGUAAUGAUAUUAAACAUAUUUAAAUGAUUCCAGUAAACACUUAAGCUUUGGCAGCCAAAAAAUACUUUAAAUUAAAAAAUAACUAAACUAAAACUAGAAAAUACUGAGAAAAUGAAAAGUGAACCAAAACCAACAAACUGGAAUGACAAAGUGUUUAAAAACAAAAAUAAAAUCUAAAUUAAAAAUCCAAAAACAUAAUGCUUUCCAGGACUUGAAGGUAUCAUGACAUUUUUUAUGCCAUCUUUUGCAAUCCACACCAACAGCUUUUUGUUCAGUGUUUUAAAAAAUGGUAGUGUGCUACAGUAUGUACAGUAUUUGUUUCGCACUUGUGAGGCAAUCAGUUUUAGGAACAUGUGACCUGUGGCGACAGGUUUGUUUGCACUGUUGGCCUGUUUUGUUCCAGCACCUUUGCACUAAAUUUGUGUUUGUCUAUAUGGUGCCUGAUUCAUCGUAUCACACUGUUUUCUUUACUAUCAAAGUUUUGACAGCCUUGAACAUUGGUAUAUAGUUAAAGAUGCUGUAAGUGAGUUUUUUUAUUUUAUUUAAAUCCUUAAUAUAUGACAUAUAUAACUGAAAUAGGUGUCCUCUCUCUGUGACAGUCAGCCCUUGACUCUGUAAACAGCACUUUUUUUUUAGCAGAAAUUAUUCAGAAAUGCCCUUGUGCAAAGUAUCAGCGCCAGACAAAUGCAAGUUCUGUUUUACUUGUUUUACAGUUUUUGUAGCAAACACAACAAGACAAAAAUACUUAAAUAAUAGUGAAACUGCCGUGUUUUUGCUACCUAUAUACCUAUAUAUACUACAGCGUUAACAGCUGCUGCUAGUACUCGUGGAUCCAAAUAAUACAAUGUGAAGAGACCUGUAGGGGCAGGGAAAAACUCGGCGUCAAACAAAGUGUAAAAACAGCCUCAGAAUGCAUUCUUGUGUGAAAAAAAAAAGAAGCUGGACGCUUGAUUUAUUUUGGGAAAACCAAGUGAUCUGUUAGUCUGUUUCACUCAGUUGAAACAAAAGAAGCGCAAAUACCAGCACAGGUUUAAACUCAAUAUAGUCACAUAAGCACUUUUCACUCCCCUGUAUAUGAAAUGUUUCUGCCCAGCCCACAAGCAUAUUAUUUCCUGAUUUACACAUUUAUAAUCCGUUAUUAAUUUACUUUCAUCAAAGUAUAUGUUUUUAUUUUUUUCAAACAUAACUUUGUAACUCAUAGCUUUGAAUUACUUGGUUAUUUAUAAACUUGUACUUUAGUGAACAAGACACGAAAAUGACAUAAUUGCAUUGGCAAUACAUUUUAUUGCUUCAAAACCAAAUGAUGUAGUCAGCCAACCCAGCGUACUAGGUGUGCUUAAUAUUUUGCCCACCAGAUGGCUGUAAAUUGAACAGUGGACAGAAGCUUUUAAUAAUGAACCCAUUUUCUUUUUAUUUUUCCCCUUUUUCUCCCAAUUUGGAAUGCCCAAUUCCCAAUGUGCUUUUUUAAGUCCUCGUGGUCGCGUAGUGAUUCACCUCAGUCUGGGUGGCGGAGGAUGAAUCCCAGUUGCCUCCGUGUCUGAGAUUGUCAACCCAUGCAUCUUAUCACAUGGCUUGUUAAGCACGUUGCCACGGAGACAUCCACUGUGGCAACCACGCUCAACUCACCACGCGCCCCACCGAGAACAAACCACAUUAUAGCGAUCACGAGGACUUUACCCCAUGUGACUCUACCCUCCCUAGCAACCAUGCCAAUUUGGUUGCUUAGGAGACCUGGCUGGAGUCACACAGCACGCCCUGGGCUUCGAACUAGUGAACUCCAGGGGUGGUAGCCAGUGUCUUUACCACUGAGCUACCCAGGCCCCCUAUGAACCCAUUUUCAAUACAAUUGUAUUGAAAGCCUUGUUGCUUAAUAUCCCCCAGCACUACUUAAAAGAUGAAAAAGUUUAAGAGGCAGCUUAAAAACGCGGCACUUCACCGCAAACGUUGAAAAAACAGUGAGACGUGUCAUAAUGGGCCCUUAGUCUAGCGGAAGUUAGUGAAAAUGGUAAAAUCACCUACAGCACCUUUAAUGCUGCCUUCACAUGCUAUUGGAAUUAUCGUCAAUCUGAGUUUUCUACUUGGAAGCUGCAUGUGAACGACCCUUUAAGUCGUAAUUACGACUGGGAAACUCUGAGAUAAUUUUGAUACCCGAGUUUUCGAGUUGGGAGGAGAUGUAAACUUUCAUCAUGAUGGAGGAGAGUAUGGUUUCUGCAGUGAAUGACAGGUUUUAUUCAUUUUUCUAAAUACAGCUAAUUGUUAGUGCUUGCCAUUUUGGUCAUAUACAUUUACGUAUAUCAGCAACUAUUUGAUGCAUAUUGUACGUUUACACCUAGAAAACGGCAUAUAUCGGACAAAAUUCCAUCACCGUCAGCAACCUGAGUAAAUAUGUAUUAUGGUGUCAAAAGAGUUCCCCAAGAAAUAUACAAUAAUGAAACUGGUGUCCUCCAUGUUUCCUGUUCUUACCAACAACAAAGCACGUGAACGCGACGGACUCGUAAUUCCUAUUUCAGAAAUGGGAAGCAGGAUAAUUCUGAUAGCACAUGAAGGCAUCUCCACAUGCAUGUGUCAGCUGUCGAUGAACUAAUGAUUUAAAAUGCAUCAGCUUGUUAGAGCUCGAUCUUCAUUUAAUCACAACAGGAGUUCGACUCAACGGCAUGCCUACAAAACCGCAUUCACACACACGCUCAUCACAAAAAUGAGAGUGAUUUGCUGACUCCUCACUGCCUCUAAGUUCAGCCAUUUUUGUAGUUCAGGAAUUCAUGCCAUAUUGACGUCUGUUUUGAGUAUUUUUGAUGAUUUUAUUCCCAUCUUGCAGCGCCAGUGAUAUUAGCUGCAAAGCUGUAGUGUGGACUAGUGUGUGUGUGUGUAUUCUGUAGAUUAUGUUAAGAUUAUGUUACCUAUAUACAUACAAUGAUAUAUUGAGUGUACAUAUUUGUAUUUAUCUUAUUAGUAUGAAUAUAACACAGUUGUGAAUUUAAGUAGCUGUUAAAUACAGGGAAAAAUGUAUUAGAGUAAAUGUUUCUACACAUGCUAACACUACAAUAUGGUUGGAUAUGUUAACAUUAGUUAAUGCAGUAGUAAACAGGAACUAACAAUAAACAAUACAUUCUCAACAUUUUCCUUGGUUAUUGUUAAUUUCUAUAUAUGCUAUUACAUUAUAAUAUUGAAAGUCUUACGUUAACAUUAAUUUGUGCAUUAUGAACUAACAAUGAAGUUAUAAAUUAACAUUAGGAUUAAUAAAUGCUGCAAAAGUCAUGUGCAUCAUUAGUUUGUUAUACCAAAGGCAUUAGCUAAUGUUAACGUAUACAAUGCAUUUGCAACGUGUUAGAGACGCUGCACAUUUACUCAACGUAAAUUAAUUCACACUGACUUUAUGAAAUGAGAUUUAUUUAUCUAUUUAUUGCAAGCAAACAGACUUUACAGUGUAAAGAAAUGAAAUGUGCUUUAUGAACUGGAUGUCUGAAAAAGUUGAAGUGAGUUUUCUGUUUAUCGCUGUUGGUUCUGUAUCUCUGCUGGCUAAAAAGCUACUUUGUGGAAGUGUUGCUCUCAGCAUUUCCUGUCCCUGCCCUUAUCUUGUUUUAUACUCAUGGCUGGAGAGGAUUCUGUGAUUUUUAGAGGUUUUAAGGAAACCGCUUCACUGUUGCCUGAGUCGGGUCGGAGCUCGUCUUGUAAAAUGAUGCAGUAAUAGCAAAGGAAAUGUCUCUGGCAGCUAUUUUGAGAAGAAGUGAGUCAGUCAUCAAUAUUUCAUGCAGCAAACCUAAUAUGACAUCGGCCAUGAAUGGCAAUUUAUCUUGUCAUUUAAGUCACUACAGUUGCUAAGCAAGAGCAGUUCUAGUGUGAAUAUCACAAAAUGUGUCAUUUCACCUCAGUAUCAAAGAAAAAAAAAACAGUUAUGCAUAAAGAAAAUGCAAUGGCCCUAUUUUUAGAACCACUACGAUUUGUUUUUCAUUGCUACAAAAUUUCUAUAAAAAUUAAGCAUAUUUCCCACCCAAAUUCUCAUUACUGUAAUGUAAAGAAAAACAUCAUUGUAUUUUAAUAUUUUUCACUAAUCACUAAUUUGAAUCACCAUUGAGAAUAAAAUGACAAAAAACAAACAAAAAACAAAACAAAAUGAAAACGUGAAACAUUACGGUAAUGAGAAUUUUGUGGUAAAUGUGCUUAAUUGUCAUUAAAUAAUGUAAAAAUGCAAAAAUAAUGUUGGCCCUACAAAUAAAUAUUUAGCAUGAAGAACAAGUCUUUUUUUAGGACCAUUACACAUUUUUUUGUUGUCAUUGCUACAUUAUUUUUAUGACAAUUAAACACAUGUUUAUGUGAAAUUCAUGUUACAUUAAUGCAAAAAAUAAAUAAAUAAAUAAAUAAAAAUAAAUUACCAAUUUUCAAAAAUUCUAUGCCAUUAAGUGUUUUUUUUUAAUAAUAGUGUAAAAGCUUUUUCACAGUAAUGAAAAUCACCAUGGAGAAUAAUAAAAUUAUUUUUAAUCCAAAAAAGGAUAAUUUGGCGUAUUACGGUAAUGACAAUUUUGAAGAAAAUUAGCUUAAUUGUCAUGCAAGUAGUACAGUGCAAAGCAUCAUGUUGGCCCUAAAAAUAAAUAUUUUGCAUAAAGAAGCAUUAAGUCUAUUUUUAAGACCAUUAAGAUUAUUUUCCAUAAAAAAACUCUCAUUACUCAUAUUCUAAAAAAACAAAACAAAAAAUCACUGUAUUUCAGUAUUUUUUCCAUGUAAUACAGUAAAAACUUUAUUACAGGAAUGAGAAUCAACUUUGAGAAUAAUGGAAAUGCCAAAAAAUCAUGAAAAAACAAAACAAACAAACAAACGUAGUGACAUUACGGUAAUGAGAAUUGUAGGGCCCUUUGCUUUCCAUGAUGCAGAAUCCAGUCAUAAAAACUAUAUUUACUAUAAAAUGGGGAAUGUCAUGGAAUUUGACAUAUUUGAUAUAAACAUAAAUGUAUUAAUGCUCAAUGAAUCAAAUAAAAUCAUGAUAUGUCCUAGUGUGAUGAUUAAACCACAAAAGUCUGUUAUUUAAUAAAAUGAAAGCGCUUCAUUCGGUUUCCUAACAAAAUAAAAGCUUCAUUUAACUAAACAUAUAAAAUUGAAGAAAUUGUGACAGUAUUACAAUACAAUACAUUUGAUACUUUUUAAUAUUAGUAAAAAUGUAUUUAAUGUAGUAAUAAAUAAUGAUAAUAUCAAUAAUAAUUGCAUUGUACUGAACAAUAUCUCAAAAGCAAGAGUGAAAAAAUACAGAAAAAACUCGAUAUUUCGAGGAAAAUAAAACGGAAUUUUUAGAUUUUUUUUUAAGAUUUACAGUACCAUAGAAUUUGGUGAAAAUGUACUUAAUUUUCAUGAAAAUAAUGUAACAAUAAAAAAGAAAAUAAAAACACAUUUGCCCUUGAAGUAGGAUUUAUUUCCUAAAAAUCUAAUUUCUUGUUUCUUUGGAGUGAAAUAUGAUCAGGACAUGUUCUUGACAGGUUUUGUGAAAUUCUUCAUUCAGCUCAUGGCAGUUUUAUGUUUCUUGUCCCCAGAGAUUGUCCAAUCACCGUUGUGAUGUAUUAUAAUCCACAUGAUUCGAAAAUGAAUAGCCCUUCAGUGAUAAAUCUACAUGGUGUGAUCUGUUUAUAUGUGUGGUAUUGUGAGCGUAGAACAUUAACAUUUCUAUAAUGUUAGGCCGACCAUAUCCGGCACAAUAAAAAACAUAUCGCGAUCACAGAUUUACAGUAGACUGAUAAUGUUGAUCUGUGUAAUGCUAGUAGUUCAUCGAUGUGUUCUUAAAAUAAAGAAAACAAAAUACACCUCGUUUCCCCACCGCAAGCUACGUUUAGCAUCCCUCUUGCAUGAGACUGUAAGACAUCUCUAUUUAGAUAACUGUAUCUGUAUAAUCUUAUUUAUUUGUUAUUUUAUGCGUCCCUCAUCUUGGGGGUCGCAGUGGGCCAGCAAGUGCAAUAUUUCAAAACCCUAUCUCUUGUACAGUUGUGUGUGUGUUUGAAGCCAUUGAAUGACUGAUUGGAUUGAAUCUAGUACCCUUGUGUGUGUGUGUGUGUGUGUGUGUGUGUGUGGUAUUGAGGAAGUGUCAAAGAGCGUCUAGAUGUGCCAUGCUGAAAUUGCACACUAUCUUAAUCAAUGUGUGAAUGAGUGGACUGCCUCAGUGUUUAAACUGGAAUAUGCUGAAUAUAUGCUGACAAAAUUAGGCAAAAUACUGAGUUAUAUAGGUGUGUGUGUGAGUGUGUAUGGUAGUGUAUUUACUAAGUAUGGAGAAAAGUAAAUGUAUAUCUUGUCGGCAAGCAAUUUCUGUCAUUUUUAUUUGUGUGUGUGUGUUUGUGUAAAUUAUAGCAUGUACUGUAUAGGGCUAAAUAUCUGAAAUCACUCUACUGCAGUCAUAUCUCAGGCAGGGAUGUCUGUAGUUUGAGUGUUCAGUAGUUUUAUAAUAGCUGUCAUUUCAGGUGUACAGCAUGCAUACAACAGCUUAAUGGAAUUUUAAUUUAAUAUGAGCUCAAAAAGGGUGAAAAUGUUAACGUUACAAAAAAUAAAAUAGAAAAUACUGUGAAGGUACCAUGGUUCAGUGAUGGCAUCAGAUGGUAAUCGUACUAAGUACCACUGUACUUAAAAAAAAGAAAAAAAAAGAAAUAAAUACCAUUGUACUACCAUGGUACAUGUCCAAACAAACAAACAAACAAACAAACAAAACAUGGUGGUUCCAUGGUACUUUUUUAUUUGUGAGGAAUACAUUUAUUGUCUAAACUGUUCAUUGACAUAAGAGAUUUGCAUUCACUUUUUGAGGCAGUCCUCAAAAUACAUUCUGAAUCUCAGUUCAUGAUAAAAGUGUUAAUGUGCCCUACCUUGGGGUUCUGUAAAAAAAUCUGUUGGACCUAACUCUUGAUCAUUUAUGAAGUUUUGGUUGAAAGAAUCAGAGUUUGUUUUUCUGUAUGUGUGAAGUUAGUGUGAAAAAAAUGUAUUAUUUAUUGUUAAUACCAAUAAAUAUUCCUAUUGUGUUGAUACUUAA